AUGGUAGAACCGCUAGACGAUCUAUUCUCGCAUGGGAGAGAGUUCAUUGGCGAUGAAGAGGUCUUUGAGAUCAACGAUUUCACGGUCGUCACGCAGCUCGAGCAGUUUACAGUCGUUUCCUGGGAAUCGAAAGAAGAGGAGAUCAAAUUUGGCUCGGACAAUAUUCUGAAGAUGAAGCAUGUUUGGCCUGUCUACGAAGAAGGUCUCGAGGUUGCUAGUACCGAGACGAAGGCCUCUGACAACGCCUAUCUUUCUGCCCAAGCAAAGAGCCUGAUGUCUUUCGAUUUGGAUUUUUAUCCAAAAGACAACAUUGUGGCAAUGUUCGGCGUCACCGAAUAUAUCGUUAUUCAACCUGGGCGCGACAAGUUGGAUCGAAUAGUUACGGAAGACCAGAAGAAUAUGAUUAUUUCCGGGAUCCAAACGGCCGCCUCAAGUUGUUUUUGCGAGCUGCCAAUUUUCGUUCAAUACGGCAAGCAGCACCUUGCUAUGUAUUUUGGAGCGCUAUGUACAAAGUCCACUAUGACGAAUUUUGAGGCCUAUGAUGCGAGAUAUGGUAGACUCGACGGGCUCGCUGAGCUGUUCCGCGAGAAAGUGAGCUGCCCAGUACCAUCACUAGAAGCUGAGGAUUUGAGGGUUUCUGUUCAACUGCAAGUUGCUUACACGCCUUAUUCCGAUGACGAUCUUACUCCAAAAAACCAGCUUUUCUUCGAUAUUUCCGAUGUUCCAUUCGGCUCUUCUGAAACGGUGAUUGAAAAUUUCACGCUUCUCGCCACCUGGCCGAACCAGAAGGAAGGGUUGAUACAUGAAAGCCAGAACUAUUCCGAUUUGGACCCUGUGCAUGCAUUUGCUUGGGCGGGAAUGACGGAUUUUGUCAACGGUGGCGGUUACUUGAGCGAUUGCCUUGAGGCGUUGCUAAAAGUUGCACACUCUCCGAUGAGCGAACGGAAUGCUUACGAACUGUUGGCAUUGGAUAGCUUCUUGGAUAAGGAAGCUAGACGCGUCAUGGAGUAUAACAAUCGAAAGGCUGAAGAACAUGGUCAUGACUUUCCGCUUAAAGAGGAGGUCAUUUCCACAUGGCUGAAGCGGAUUCUUCCCUUCGAGGAUGAGGACUAUAGAAGCGAGACGGAGAUAAAGGAUCCACUAUCUGCGGUAAAAGCUGCGCCGCCCGAAUCGAAUGCAGCCCGUCUAGGCGAUAUUUUUCUCCAAGCCUUGGCCGAGAGAAUCUAUCCUGCAACCGCCUUUGCUGACUUGUGGCAAAAAUUCGUCAACGAGUUGACGAGAUAUCAGGACUCCACAUCUUCGCUUCUUAGUCGAUCUUUGACAGAACAUCCCGAUUUCUCUUCCUGUUUAUUGCACCAGAAGCUCCAGAUGCUUUGGUGUUGCUUUGCGGCGAAACGGAAAAGGGCAGAGAUGGUCAAAAACCUUCGGGUCGCGCUAGAUGAUGAUGAUGAGUUCUUUGAUGCCAGCUCUGAACUUGGAACCAGCCCUUCCAAGGUAUCUCAUCGAAACGACAAGACUGACGGAGAUAGUUCUGCAGCUCGCGGUCGUCGUCAUGUCCUGGCGGGUGAUUUCUCUCUACGUGACUUCCCGGAUCGUGCGAUCUACGAACCGUUUACCCAAGAAAGGCUACCAAUGGCCGAGGACGAUUUCGAGGCUCAUGAACAAUAUCUAUCGCAGCUAGAAGAAGGAGAACAACGUACUGAAGCGCAGAUGGAGAUGUUACUAAGUGACAUGCAGGCGUUCAAGGCUGCGAAUCCCGGAUGUUGCUUCGAAGAUUUUUUGCAGUGGCAUUCACCGAAGGACAUUGUUUCGGAUAAAGAAGAAUUGCCUGAAGCCUCGGAGCGAAUGAGUACGCCAGGUAACGCAUGGUUGCUGGCGUGGGAAAAAGCCGAACCAUUAGCAUGCGCGCUUCAGGACCCGAUAUUUGACUAUGAGAAAAUAUCCGAACAGAUACUCUACUGGUUGGCCACGCGAACAUGCGCUGAGUUCUGCAGUCUGCUACACCCGAUCGGAUUUACCGAGGCGGCUAGAAAGCUGUGCCGGGAAGCUGACGGUGUGGAGGGGCUGAUUGACACCUCUACUUUAAUUGAUGCUACAGCGCGUGCUUGUAAAUCGAAUACACGUGACGAUUACCUCGAUGCAUUGCGUGAAAUUCGCAGAGUGGAAAAAGAAGUGCUGCGCUACCAGGCCGUAUAUAAUAUGUUGGAAAGCGGAUUGGCCCCCGCUGCGGAUGAGGCUGAUUUGAAGCAGUUUGUGCUGGAUUUGUUGAAGAAUGAAAAGUUGCGCGACGAAGAAAAUAGCGGCAGUCUUGAUCCUUGCCUGUUUCAAAGCGGUGUGCCAAUUAUUGGUGGCCCGAAUGGAGCUCUUGGACAAGCAAUCAAGGAUGUCAUCCUAUCCAAGGAAAAUGCCGAUCGCGUGUCAACGAUACGCAAUUACGUGUUCCAUUGGUUGGUUCCACGCCCCGACGAAGGCUCAAGACUGUGUCCGCAGCGGAUGUACGCCUCAACGUCCCGUGAUGAAUUUAGAUUAUCUGGUUCUUUCACUCGUGACAUUAUCUUUUCG